AUGCCUGCAAAAAUACAUCAGCCCGAAACAUUGAAGGAAUACGGCCAAGGACGAGAGAAACGUAAGCGAGGGGCUUAUCAUUUUUGGAGACGGAAAGAUUUUUGCACCAAUGAAAUGUGGCAAAAAUGGAAAUG